CCGGGCCGUGGAGGGGUUGCACUGCGGUAAUAUGGCUCUUCCUUAGCCAGCGGCGGUGGCCAGCGCGGGCGCGGAGCUGCCGGGGCUCUCGGGUGCCCGGUUUCUAGGCUGUAGGGACUCGGCGAAUCACAGCUCGGGAGGCGGCGGCCGAUGCGGGAGGACUGCCUACCUAGCCGCUCGGCGGCCCAGGGGUCCAGAUGAGCUCCUGCGCCUCGCUCGGGGGCCCGGUGCCCCUGCCACCCCCGGGCCCGUCCGCCGCGCUGACGCCGGGUGCCCCCGCGCGGGCCCUGCAUGUGGAGCUGCCGUCUCAGCAGCGGCGUCUUCGACAUCUCCGGAACAUUGCUGCUCGGAACAUUGUUAAUAGAAAUGGCCAUCAGCUUCUGGAUACCUACUUCACUCUGCAUUUGUGUGACAAUGAGAAGAUCUAUAAAGAAUUUUAUAGGAGUGAAGUGAUUAAGAAUUCCUUGAAUCCAACGUGGAGGAGUCUUGACUUUGGAAUAAUGCCGGACCGUCUGGAUACAUCUGUGUCCUGCUUUGUGGUGAAGAUUUGGGGUGGAAAGGAAGAGGCCUAUCAGCUGUUGAUAGAGUGGAAAGUCUACUUGGAUGGGCUGAAGUACUUGGGUCAACAGAUCCAUGCCCGUAACCAAAAUGAAAUAAUUUUUGGGCUGAAUGAUGGCUACUAUGGUGCUCCGUUUGAACACAAGGGUCAUCCAAAUGCACAUAAGAACCUCCUUCAGGUGGACCAGAACUGUGUUCGCAAUUCUUACGACGUCUUCUCUCUGCUGCGGCUUCAUAGAGCCCAGUGUGCAAUUAAACAGACUCAGGUAACUGUUCAGAGAAUUGGAAAGGAAAUUGAAGAAAAACUAAGACUCACAUCGACAAGCAAUGAGCUGAAAAAAGAAAGUGAAUGUCUGCGAUUAAAAAUUUUGGUGCUUCGAAAUGAACUGGAAAGACAGAAGAAAGCACUGGGACGGGAGGUGGCCUUCCUGCAUAAGCAACAGAUGGCUCUACAGGACAAAGGAAGUGCAUUUUCGACUGAGCAUGGCAAGCUUCAACAGCAGAAGGAAUCCCUGAGUGAGCUGAGGAAGGAGUGUACUGCCAAAAGGGAGCUCUUUCUGAAGACUAAUGCUCAGUUGACCAUCCGCUGCCGGCAGUUGCUCUCGGAGCUUUCCUACAUUUACCCUAUUGAUCUGAAUGAGCAUAAGGAUUAUUUUGUAUGUGGUGUCAAGUUGCCUAAUUCCGAGGAUUUCCAAGCAAAAGAUGAUGGAAGCAUUGCCGUCGCCCUUGGUUACACUGCACAUUUGGUCUCCAUGAUCUCCUUCUUCCUACAAGUACCCCUCAGGUAUCCCAUAAUUCACAAGGGGUCCCGAUCAACAAUCAAAGAUAACAUCAAUGACAAGCUGACAGAAAAGGAGCGAGAAUUUCCACUGUAUCCAAAGGGAGGGGAGAAGCUGCAGUUUGAUUAUGGUGUCUACCUUCUGAACAAGAACAUAGCACAGCUGAGAUACCAGCAUGGCCUGGGGACUCCAGACCUGAGGCAGACUCUUCCUAACCUGAAAAACUUCAUGGAGCACGGACUGAUGGUCAGGUGUGACAGACAUCACAUCUCCAAUGCCAUCCCUGUCCCGAAGAGACAAAGCUCCAUGUUUGGGGGUGCAGAUGUAGGCUUCUCUUCAGGUGUCCCUUCACCAGAUAAGGUACAUCGGAAACGGGCCAGCUCAGAGAAUGAGAGACUCCAAUACAGAACGCCCCCUCCCAGCUACAACUCAGCACUGACACAGCCUGGGGUGGCCACACCUACCUUGGGAGACUCAGAGAGGAAGGUCACCCCACUGUCGUCCUCGCUGGACACCUCCCUGGACUUCUCCAAAGAAAAUAAGAAAACAGGAGUAGACCUGGGCAACAGUGUAAGUGGAGACCACGGACAUGCGGACUCCGGCCAAGGACAGGGGGAGGCCCUGCCUGGACACCUGUCAGCCAUAAAUGGCACUGCACUUCCCGGUGAGCAGGCUGGCCCUGCCAGCACCCUGCUGCCAGGCCCAUGCCACCCGGCCCCCUCAGCUGAGCUCUGCUGUGCAGUGGAACAAGCAGAGGAAAUUAUUGGGCUGGAAGCCACAGGCUUCACCUCAGGCGACCAGCUCGAAGUGCUCGGCUGCAUCCCCGUGGACAGCGCGGUGGCGGUGGAGUGUGACGAGCAGGUGCUGGGAGAGUUUGAGGAGUUCUCUCGGAGGAUCUACGCCCUCAGCGAAAACGUGUCCAGCUUCCGCCGGCCUCGCAGGAGUUCUGACAAGUGAGGCGAGCAGUCAGACUGUAGGACCAGGGCAGAGCCGCUGCCCUCCACCAGGCCCAAGCAGCACUUAGCCUUUUUAAUAAUUCCGACACAUGAGUGUCAGUGGAGCAGAUUCCUCAGAAAGGCUGACUUUGGGAACAGAGUGGAUUCAGGGUCAUUGGAUACCAGUGGGGCCAGUCCGUGAGAUUCACUUUCCAGGCCAAGGUCACCUCUUGCUUACAGCUCAAGUCAUGUUAUAGGCAUUUGUCUGCGCUUUAUUUACACUUGUGUGUUCUCCUCAGAGGGAAGAUGAUAAUAUAUGUAACAGAAUGACCUCACCUUUCGUUUCUCAUAAGCACCCGCCCUCUCCAUCAUUUGUAAAACUUUGCAAAAUGGAAUAUUCAAAAAUAACUUUCCACCACUGAGAGGCCUAUGCCCAUCCAUUAGGUUGAUGAAUAAGAAACGGAGUGGUGGUCUGUGUUCCAGGCCCUCGGCCCCGAGUACCAUAGUCAGCCCGCAGACCUCACUGUUGGCCUGCUUCCUCAAGAUGGGCCAUGCAUCCUGAAAGCUGGGGCGGUAAAUCCACUAAUCCAAAACCAGCAGAACUGAUGUUCUGUCUCUGUCUAGUGUGCCAUACCCUGAUGAAAAAUUGUCCUGUGGUGGAUCCCAGGGAACACUCAGAAACCUCAUGGUUACCACAGUCAGAUGAGAUGGCAGCCAGCUUCCUUUGGGGCCAAAGUUUUUAUGUGGUCCAAAAUUGGGCACGCCUCUGGCAAUACACAUCCCAGAUAAAGACCCCCUAGGUAUAAAUCCUGUUAACUUAUUACAUUAUUACAUUUCAGUCGGAAGGAAGCCAGUAUAUAUGACAAAGUAUAGGUAGAGUCAGGAUAGGAUGUCCAGUGUGCAGACUGAGAGAGAUCGUUGGGUUAAGAGGCUAGAUAAAGCGUAGACGUGUGCGGUGUCACGAUGUUCAAUUAUGUUUUCUAGGUCCAUUGUCCUUACACAUUGAGAUUCCAUUUGCUGUUGCAUUACACAUUAUGUACCCACAGACAUUGCCUCAGGGUUGCAAGCUCUUAAAAGAAAAAUUUAUCCACAUAUCCAUGUAUUGUAAAGAAGAAUAAAAAUUGAAUUUACUUCACUUGAA